AUGUGCAAGGGAUUAUUUGGGGGGUCUGUACCAAAAAUUUAUAUAUGUAAUAAAACGGAAAAACCUUUAAGUUUUAGGAUUGCAUUAAUUACGGCACUACCAUUAGAGGAUAUCCAUUUUAUUCAAAUUAUAGAUUCGGCUUUUGUAUUAAGUACAGAAUAUUUUUCAGACUAUCAUAAACGUAUGGAGAAGGAUAAGGAUAUGAAAAAAAAAAUGCUAAUCAGGGAAAUCAUUAGACAGAGCAUCGGCACAACGGGAAAUAUUUUAUGA